GAGAGAGAGAGAGAGCGAGCGCGCGCAUGCGAGCGAGAGCGAGAGUGAGAGAGAGGAGCACUCUCGCAAGGAAACAGGAGUCAGCCCCGAGCUGGAGGGAAAAAAAGCACGAACAAAGGAAAACCAUGGAUGUAUCACAGAAAUGUGAAUAUAACGAACGGCCAGGGAGAAUGUUUUGGCCGUGUUGCACGUAGCGGGGCGUUGUUCGACAACCUUCUUUCAUGUGGUGUCGGGAAAGAAGGUAUUGCAGGCUAAAAAGGCGGAAAGCUGAUGAUCAUCCGUCUGCGGAUUAUAUAUGGGCUUGCGAUGGCUCCUGCUGGGAGAUGUAAAAGCAUAAAAAAGUAUGUGCCUCUUUCCUUCAAUUUUAUAUUUUUGUUAUUUUGUGGCCUUUCGUCAGGACAAAUACGGUAUUCUAUUCCCGAGGAGCUGGAGGUGGGAGCAGCGGUCGGGGAUAUUGUGGCAGAUCUGGGUCUGGAUCUCCGAAAGCUCUCUGCUCGACGGAUUAAAAUAAAUUCGGACGGCACAAAACGGUACUUCAACAUCAACCAUAAAAACGGGAAACUGUUCGUGAACGACAGAAUAGACAGGGAGGCGCUGUGCGAGUUCAGCAGCAUCUGUCUUCUGAACCUGGAGGUGGUCGUGGAGAAUCCUCUGGAGGUGCACAAUGUGGAGGUGGAGGUUAUGGAUGCGAAUGAUAAUGCGCCGCAAUUUCCCAGGGACGAGUACCAGCUGGAGAUUUCCGAGUCAGCUUUGCCAGGAGCCCGUUUUUCCAUCGAAAGCGCACAAGAUCCAGACGACGCUUCAAACUCAGUUCGGCUCUACCGGCUCAGUCCCAACGAGCAUUUUGCGCUCGAUUCAAGCAAACCUUCCCCUGGCAGCAAGCAUAUCGAGCUCGUGCUGAAAAAGCCCGUGGACCGUGAACAGAUACCUUUCCAUAAUUUAAUCCUUUCAGCUGUUGACGGGGGCACGCCUGCAAAAACCGGAACGGCAAAAAUUAACGUGCGCGUUCUUGAUGCCAACGAUAAUGUGCCGGUGUUUGACAGCUCCAUAUACAAAGUGAAAUUGCCGGAGAAUUCACCAAAGGACACGCUGGUCAUAAAGCUAAAUGCCACAGACCUGGAUGAGGGCUCCAAUGGGGAAGUAUACUACUCUUUCAGCAGUUACACACCGGAAAGGGUCCGGCAGAUGUUCAGCAUGGACCCCAACACGGGUGAGAUCAGGGUGCGUAGCCACGUGGACUUUGAAGAAACCAGCACUUAUGAGAUAUAUGUCCAGGCCAUGGACAAGGGCCCAUCGGCGGUGGCUGUGCACUGUAAGGUAGUGGUGGAGGUGGUGGAUGUGAAUGACAAUGUUCCCGAGAUUGUGCUGUCCUCGCUAUCCAGUCCAGUCAGGGAAGAUGCGCGGGCUGACACAGUGGUGGCUCUGAUCAGCGUUACAGACCGCGACUCUGGCCCCAACAAGCAGGUCAGCCUGGAGAUCCCUCCAGGUCUUCCCUUCAAAAUUAAGUCCUUCAGGAACUACUACACCCUAGUGACCUCUGCCUUCCUGGAUCGGGAGACCACGCCUGCAUAUAAUGUAACACUCAGUGCUACAGAUGGGGGCACCCCUCCCCUUUCCUCACAGAAGACCAUCCAGGUGGACGUCGCAGACGUGAAUGACAACCCUCCUCGCUUUGAGCAGACAUCCUACACUGUUUACAUGGUGGAGAACAAUUCCCCCGGGGCCUCACUCUGCACUGUCAAGGCUCAGGAUGCUGAUGUCAACGAGAACGCCCGCAUCACCUACACCGUCCUCAAUGACAACAACCAUGGCAUUCCUGUCACCUCUUAUGUGUCCAUCAAGGCGGACACAGGUGAGGCCUAUGCCCUGCGUUCCUUUGACUUUGAAACACUGCGGGAAUUCCACUUCCAGGUUAAGGCUCAGGAUGCGGGCAUCCCCCCGCUCAGUCGUGUAGCCACUGUCUACGUGUAUGUGAUGGACCAGAAUGACCACGCCCCUGAGAUCAUCAGCCCGCCAGCCAAUGGCUCACGCUCCACUACAACUGUACCAAAGCAUUCGGAAGCAGGGUACCUGGUGACCAAGGUGGUAGCAUAUGAUGCAGACACAGGUGAAAAUGCCUGGCUUUUGUAUGGGCUGGAACAGGCCAGUGAACCGGACUUGUUCAAGGUGCAUGAGCAUACAGGCGAGGUGCGCACUACACGCAAAGUGGUGGAAGACAACUCCACCUUCUUCAGUCUAACAGUGCUGGUGCGCGAUCACGGCCUGCCCCCACUCUCUGCCACUGUCACUGUCAACGUGGCCGUGAUGGAGGCCCCACCCAAGUUGACCCCUGACCCCAAGAGGAUAAUUCGACCCCACAGUGCACUGCUCUUCUCCAACGUGACACUGUACCUGAUUGUGGCACUCAGUGCAACCACAUUUGUGUUCCUCCUGACUGUAGUAGUGCUGGCCAUUGUGCGAUGCCACGCCUACUGCACCCAGCCAGGGUCCUGCUCCCCCUGCUGUGUGACUCAGAAGGCUCCAACAGAGGGGGGAAGCAGUAGUGCAGGGGCUGGGCAGCAACCCAAUAACAAUGUAGUCCUGCGGCGUGACCUCAAGGUGGAGCCGCACUACAUUGAGGUCCGUGGCAAUGGCUCCUUGACCAAAACCUACUGCUACAAGACGUGCCUCACAGCUACCUCGGGCAGUGACACCUUCAUGUUCUACAACACUGGCGUUCCUGGUGGCACCAUGGGCUCUGAGCGCUUUUUCACUGGUCAGAGUGGCCAGAGCCAGGUGUUCGUCCGCAGGCUCAGCAUGCCCGACGCUUCUGUCCAGCCGAAGCCUCCUAAUGCAGACUGGAGAUACUCGGCCUCCUUAAGGGCAGGAGUGAAGAGCUCGGUACACAUGGAGGAGUCCUCUGUGCUGCAAGGAGCCCACGGUGUUCUCGUCCAGAACUGGCCAACUGUCUCUAGUGGAUCUGGAGAUGCUGAAGGGGGUGAGGCUUCCCCUCCAGUAGGUGCUGGACUGAACAGUAACAGCUGGCAUUUCCGCUAUGGCCCAGGCCCUGGUCCUCCCCAGCACCUGAAGCCUGGAGAGGUCCCCGAAGCCUUCCUCAUCCCUGGUUCCCCUGCCUUCAUAUCCAUCCGCCAGGACCAGAGUGAUGACAAGAAGGAUGAAGCCAAGAAGAAGAAGAAGAAGAAGAAGGGGAAGGACAAGAAGGAGAAAGGAAAAGAUGACAGUGAGCAGUAAGGAAGGAAGAGUUUUUAAGCACAGCAAAGCCCCAACAGCAAGACAAAAAAGGAAACAAAUAUAAUCUAGAGUUUUAAAAAAUGGGAGAGCUUCCUGCUUAGCAAUCCUUGGUUCACCAGCGCUCAUGUUUUUAAGCAUGUUUGGAGACAUGUCAUUGCAUCCUACAGAUCCCACAUCAUCCCACUUCUAUCACCAAAAACAGAUCCAUUGCUGUGUCAUCCAGCUGAUAGCCUGGCUCUCUAUCUGAUCUCUCCUCUCUGCAGCCAUUAUUCUCUCCUGCUGAACUGAAGCAGUGAGUGAUAGCACCUUUGUUGACCUGUUAUCCUCUGGACCAGAGGGGGAAACCAGACCCCAUCCCUUUGUUGUGAAGCACAUGCUCCCCUCUGGACAGGACCUUGCUUUUUUCUCCUGAGGGAAGUGAGACCAAACACUGACAUUAUCAUCAGUGAACUUAAAAAACCCUAUGUUACUUCCUUGCUGAGCCUCAGAAGGCCUCUCCUGAAGUGUGGCCAUUCUGUCAUAUUUGUUCAAAGAAAAUAUUUAAUUUUAACACUGAGAAGGAGCAAAACAGAAAAAAAAGCUUUGUAAAUUUGUAGAUUUUCUAAGAAAUAAGUUGAUGCUAAAAGCUGGAGGAACAAAAGCAGAGAAUAUUGGUAAAUAAUGCAGGGCUGUUUUAAGAACAGUGAAUAGAGAGCAGUGAUGCAGGUUCUUUUUCUGCUUUGAUGGCUGUGUUCUCAGGGAAUGUUGAAAUACUUCUCUGAACACAGACCCAAGGACUCAUAUAAUCUAACAUCAGCACUCCCAAUUGUCCAUUUUCAUCCAGUUUCCAGAAAUCUAAUUUGCAUCUCCUGUACCAUCCCUAAUUCAACCUUUAACUUCGUGCACCAAACCUUCCCACAAGCAAGCUCCUACAUCUUCCCUACACCCUCCCAAACAUACAUCUUCCCUAAAUAGACCUAAAUCUAAACAUAAAAUCUGAUUGCAUUGAUCUACUACCAUAUCCCCAUCUUCUUUGUAUCUUCAGUUGCAUUCUUACUUCAGUACUGUUGGAAAUCUGUGCGCUUUUCACACCGAUUCUACAAACCUCGGACAAACUACAUUGUACAUACAGUCAUACAUACAGUACAA